AUGGAACCGACUGCGUCACAGGGUAUUCAGUAUCUUCGAGGCGGUGUGGAAUGGAUACUGAAACUUUUGAAUUUACAUAUUUUGAAUGUUAAGCAUGAGAACAAGCCCCUUUUGUUUCGUCUCAUAGAUCUGAAAGUGUACAUACCUUCUUCAGUGUCCACAGUUCGCUGGUCGUCUGGAGCAUCUUCAUACGUGAUUCUCGGCGAGUACAGAAAAAUGAGAAGUGCCGUUGCUCUUCUCUUCCUGCUCGUCGCGUAUUGUGGCGGUGUUGUCCACGCUGGCGAGAUUGUUGCUGAACUCUACCACACAAAUGUUACAGUGAAGUGGCACACCGAUUAUGAACGCCAGUUGGUUGAUUUCUCGAUUUGGUUUGGCGCCAGUACGCCGGAUGUGUUGUUUUUGGGAUUCUCAGACUUUGGAGACACUAAUAAUUCUGAUGUGUUAAUGUAUUAUAAUAGCAAAAAAGAAAUCAAGGAUGCAUAUACAAAUAGAGAUUUCAAAAUUACCUCCGAUCUUCAGCAAGAUUUCCAGCUUCUUCGCAAAAGGAAAGACCAUAUUGUUGUCAGAAGAAAGUUAACAACCUGCGAUUCGAGAGAUUAUGCAUUUUUGCCAGGAACCACUCAAUUCUACAUUGCCGCUUCCUGGGGAUCUACGAAUUUGGUAGAUAUUCGGGAUAAGAGAUGGGUUGUGGACAAAAAGUUUGGAAAAGUGAUCGAAGGUCCAACUGAUCAGCCAAAUAUUGAAGAAGAACCAGCCGCUCUCGAGAAAGAUGUGAAAGUCGUAAUUGUGAAUAGCAAUAGCCCGGACCCGAUUCCAAAUGUGGAGACCACAUACAAGUGUAUCAUUCGUAAAAUGCCAUUUGACACCGUCAAUAACAUGUACCACGUAGUGAGAAUGGAACCAUACGUGACACCUGGAAAUGAGCAUUUGGUGCAUCACAUGGAGAUCUUCAUGUGUAGAGAUGAAGUAGAAGAAUGGAGUGGAAGCUGUAACGAUCCAAAGAAGCCGCCAAAGUCAAAGUCAUGCAGUCAUGUCAUUGCUGCAUGGGCAAUGGGAGAAGGUCCAAUUCAUUAUCCGAAAGAAGCAGGACUCCCAAUCGGAGGGAAAGGAAAGAAUGCAUAUGUGAUGGUUGAAAUUCAUUAUAACAACCCAGAACUUCACAAAGGAGUUAUUGAUUCUUCCGGAUUUCAGUUCUUUGUAACCGGACAACUCAGAAAAUACGACGCAGGAAUUAUGGAACUUGGUUUAAUAUACUCCGAUGCAAAUUCAGUACCACCAAAUCAAAAAGCAUGGGCCAUGAAUGGAUAUUGUCCAUCACAAUGCACUAAAAAUCUUCCCGAGGAGGGAAUCAACAUUUUCGCCAGUCAACUGCACGCUCAUCUAACCGGCAGAAAACUGUUCACAUCUCAAUAUCGAUCUGGAGUUCGCAUUGGAGACGUGAACCGAGAUGAACACUACUCCCCUCAUUGGCAGCAUCUGCAACAGCUUCGACCAGUGGUUAAGGUUAUGCCAGGAGACACACUGGUCACCACAUGCGUCUACGAUACCAGAAAACGAUCAAAAGUGACGUUUGGUGGAUAUCGAAUUGUGGAUGAGAUGUGCGUCAACUAUAUUUAUUACUACCCAGCUUCUGAUGUAGAAGUUUGCAAAUCAGCAAUUUCUAAUAGUACGUUGAGAGCCUACUUCUCAGAACGACAUGGUAUGGAUGGAAAGAGAAUGCAAAUUUCGGAUAUGUACAGCAACGUCAAGGACUGGGGAAAUGGAGUUGAUGAGGAGUUUUACAAUGUGUUGAAUGUUGGAAACAUGAACAUGAACUGCUUGAAAUCCAACGGGGAGCCAUUCGAAUUUGAAUCAAAAGAUUCCCGCCAGAGCUGGGAAAACAUGGCAAGACCAACAUUUGUCUCCGGAUCAUUCAUCACAACCAGGGAUAGAUUCCAGUGUCCAGCCAUCAAUGACAUGAUUAAUUUUGAGUAAUAGUAUUGUGUAACUUUCAACGUGCCAUUGUCCUUUCCUACAUCAUUCGUAAUUAAACCUUUAAAAAAUAUUUUGUCAUAAAACAUUUAUUCAU